AACAGCAUCUAGCAGAUAGCUCCUAUAACGGUCCCCCGCGUUACUGGCAGAAAGGCAGUGCGCUGGCGCGGGCAUCCUGCAGCGGAGGCGUCCUCCUCGGCAUUACGAUCAACACACAACAUCGCACGAAAAAUAAACACCGAGAGGAACAAUGCCUCCACCAGCAGUAGCUCGACGCUUCAGCGUCCUUUGCCUCUUUCUUGUGAUAAGCGUGAGAUGCAGUAAUGCUACGAUGGACAAGGAUCUCGAGCGUAAACUCAACGAGACGAUGUCGAAGCAGGUUUCACCGAGGUACACACCAUUAAAUUCAAGCACGCUGCAGGUGCACUACAAUGCUUCUGCGAACUUCAAUCCCAAGGGCAUGGGACAGCUUUACAACAUCACGAAUAUGUUUAUAGAUCUUGUGCAACCUAAACAAGCUUAUCCUGAGGGCCUUAUCAAACUAUCGAACGGCAGCUUCCAAUUCGCCGACGUGAAGACGGAAUGGCGUUUAAUCUUGGGGCACUACGGUGGCUUGGGUGGGUUAGCAAUCGUGUGCCUACUGAUCGCCGCAAUUUUACCCUGUGUAGCGCUGUUUUUCUGCUGUUGCCGUUGUGCCGGUCACUGUGGCGCACGCAGCGAGCCAUUCGACAAGAAGCACGACCACUGUCGCAAAAUCAUGCUGAGUACAGUUCUCAUACUAAUCGCAGCGAUUCUGCCGUUCGGCGUUGUCUGCGCGUUCGUCACCAACGAGUACAUGCAAGACGGCACGAGAGAUCUGCCGAGCAACGCCAAGACGAGCUUGAACGACGUACAGACUUACCUGGCUGCGACGAAAAGCGAGAUCCAGAUUUUACUGAAGGUUAAUUACGACGAAUUGGAGGUUGCUUUGAAUGACAUUCUACAAGCCAGUGGGAAAAUCGUUACCGAUCAGUUGGCUGAAUCCUCGCAUGCCGUUUCCUUGAUGACGCUCAACGACAUUGUCGAGGAUUUGGCGAGUGUCAGUCAGGAUUUGCGAUUGAUGAAUGACAUUACGAGAGAUCUCAGGAGUAAUGCCUCGAGAUUGGAUAACUUUGUGCGCAAAGUCAAGACCAAUCUGCUGCAAACGUUGACGAAAUGCGCCACGCAAGACUGCAAGGAUCUCAUGCACAAGUACAAGAUUAAUCAAAUGGAAGUCAAGGUUCACUUCGACAAGUACACGGACCGGUACUUCCCCAAGCUGCCAGACAAUGACGUUAACAUAGCCCUAAGUAACAUCUCAAAUUUACUCGAUGACAACAUCGUGCAAGAGGUGAGCAAAGGCAAGGAGCAAUUCAUGAACAUCCAGAAGGAGAUUCAACAAGCAGUCAACAAGACCAUUCCAAUCGUAAGCGCGAGUAUUCGUCGUGCUGGUGAUUCUCUGACCGAACAAGCCAAGCAAAUUAUGCAAUUGAUCGAUCGUCUUAAUCUUGAUAUUCGCAAGAAAUACAUACCACAAUUGGAUGUCGCAAGACGAUAUAUCGAUCAAUACUCACCAUACAGAUAUUAUUCGGGACUUAGUACUUCCUGUGUUUUACUCAUGGUACUCAUGUGCUUAACUUUCGGUCUUUGCUGUGGAAUUUGCGGGAAGAGACCUGACGGUUAUGGGGAUGAUUGCUGUAAUAAAGGAUCUGGUGCCAGAUUUUUAAUGUUGGCUGUAUGGAUAAUAUUUUUGCAGACGAGUAUACUGUUGAUAGCAACGGUGGCGCAUAUGGUGACUGGUGUCUUGACCGAACGCGCCGUAUGCGAACCACUUAGGAAUCCCAAUAAUAAUCGUAUGUUCGAGUUAAUCGACGAGUUUCUGGAUAUCAAGAAAGUACUUUAUCCCAAGAAUCCUAAUGCCGAUAUCAAUAUGAGUUACAUUUUAACCCAUUGCCAUAAAAACGAAAGUAUUUACAAAGUGCUGAAACUGCAAUACAUAGUCAACGUGGAAUCCCUACGCGGUUACAUCGAUCAAUACCAGAUCAACGACACGAUUCACCAAUUGGAGAAUCGCAUUAGUUUAUCGCACAAUUACAAGAUAAUUAGCGAAUCAGCACGUGAGAAACUGACAGCAUUAGCCGAGAGUGGUUUGAGUGCCAUCAAAUUCGACCAAUUCACCGAUAACUUACGAGACAAUAUUACCAAUAUUCAUCUCGAUCACUUGGCCGUGAAGUUACGUGAAUUGAGAGAUCGUUUGCCGCCUGGUAACGAUGAUAUUCGAGAUGAUCUCGAGAAAAAUGCAUUCGAUUUGGAAGUUUAUCACAAGAGUAUUGUUGUGCCAAUGACGAAUCUGAGUAAUCAGUUGAGUGACAAGGCUGUGAAGCUGCAAGAGCAUCUCAAGUUUAAUCAUUCAUCCCUUGCUGCGGCUAUUCCGUCGCUCAUCAAGAAAGUUGAUAAGGCACAGGUGUUUAUUAGCCAGGAAGGGCCGGAGCAUGUUAAAGCGCUUGCAGCGGAAUUUGGAAAAGCAUUCCUCUAUCAAGUGAACAGUUACCUAAACUAUGUGAUCGGCAAUGUCUUUGACAACAUCGGCAAGUGCGGGCCUAUAUCAAACGCUUACAAUGCAACGAUCGUAGCUGGUUGUAAUAAAAUCCUCGAUCCAUUUAAUGGAUUUUGGUUGAGCGUCGGUUGGAGUUCACUUUUGUUAAUACCGACGAUAAUACUGUGCGUGAAAUUGAGCACACUGUAUCAAAAGUCAGAUCCUUAUCCUGGACCGCUGGUGGAAGCUGAGUAUUUGUAUGACGCGUAUGCGGACAGGGACAACGUGCCCCUCGCCCACUCGAAUCGUCUGCGCAACAUCCACGACAAGAAAUACGCCAACAGUAGGCAUCACAAUCAUCCAGGUGGAGGUUAUCCGGAAAGUUACGACGGUCCAGGAAUGGGUUACGGUGACCGGGAACGCAUGGUAGAUGUUCAUCAAGGAUCAUCUCAUCACGAAUCGAGAUACUCGGAUUUAGCGCCUAAGAAUUGGGACUUUUCGAAUAGUGGACCUCCAAGGUAUCAACCAGCCGUAGCACCCCCAUUGAGCACUGAAUACGAACGGCCUCCUCCCUACUAUUACCCAGGACCAGGGGAUCGAAAUUAGAAUACGAGUACCGUGGCAUGCACAAAGACGGCAUUGGGUGUAGCAGCGAUGCACAGCCUACAACGUAGCUAUCGACGAGCACUUGGUCGCCGAGGUUACAUCAAACGAGACUAUGUCUAAAAGAAACAACACCUUUAACCACCAGUCAAAAAUUCUGACUACUAUGAUGAUACCGCAAGCAUGUCACGGCUUUUUUAAAACAAUUUUUUUCUCUCUACUCUAGUCCCCUAAAAAAUCAUUCUUAUUUCCUUUUUCUGCGUCAAAAUUUUUCAAGAAACUGCCAAUAAUCGUGAUAUAUGUAUUAAUGUCUAAUUAGGGCAAUAAAAGUGUGUCGGUGCAAUACUCAAGUAUACCGUACGAUCGAACAAAAAUAAAAAUCGGACGCUAACGAUAAUGAUGAUCACAACACGCUAUAAAGCAGUCUGAGCUGUGAAAGCGCGAUCAUCAAAUACUCUUGAUAUAUAUUUGCUUUUCUUUUAUUAUUUUUCCUCUUGUGUCCUUACUAUUAUAUUAUCUUUUUUUCAUUAUGCGUUAGCGCUAUAGUUGUAUUAUUCUUAUUAUUAUUACUGAAUAUCCUCUUUUUUUAAUUAAGGGCGUAAAUUAAUAUUCAACGAGUUUGCGUAAUUAUCUGUUAAUGUAUAGAGUACGCGAAAAGCAAAAAAAAUCAGAAUAAUUGAGCCAUAAGACCAAAUGCAUUUAGCGAUUUAAACAAUUAUGAGUAUAACACAGUAUAACUGUGACCCGAACCCUCUCACCUCUAUUAACAAUUGCCAUUCUUAAAUCUAACGAUAACGAUAAUGUAAUUGGGACUGAUAUACAACUUUCAUUGCCAAAAAAAGGAAACAGAUGCUAUAAUAUGUAUAAUGCGUGAAAUUGAACCAAGGCUGAUUGUUGAGCACAAUAAAGUGUAAUUGAUUAUGCAUUUAAACUAAAGAAAAAGGAAAGAACUGAUUCGAUAAACGAAGCUUUUUUGUUUUCAUUUUAUAAACUAAGUAAGUCGGUUGGUCACGGUAUUUGCUGCAUUUAAACGUUUUACGAUUCUUCAAAUAGCUAUUUAUCGAUAUUCUCCAUUAUGGGAUUUUUCACGAAUACGAUUUAGCUGAGCAAAUGGAUAUAUACAUGUAUCAAUUAACGAGUGUGUACAGCGAUGGUUUUCUAAUGCAACGGAUUAAAGUGUAUACAAAUGCGAUUAGAUUAUGUGUGUGUGUGUGUAGGGAAAGUAUGAUGCGAUAUAAAAGAAAAUAAUUGUAUAUUAAAAUAUGUAAGUGGAAAUAUCAUUAUAAUUCAUUUUUGGUCUCAGAUUUGAAGAAAAGAACAAAAGCGAUAAGCACGAACAAAGUUUUUUUCAUUUGCGCUCUUGCAUUAUCUCUACUCUAUCUGUGUCUAAUUGAACGGAAAUUUCAUAGCGGACGAAGUUGAUUCACUCAAACCAAUUACUCUCUGACUACAAAUAUAUGAAUUGUAAUUCAAUCCAAAUAGACUAGAUUUACGAUAAAAAUAAAGUAAGGGAUUAUUUAGCACAUGAAUUAAGUGUUCUCUCGAUAAAAAAAAUAGAAUAAUAACUUACGAACAAAUUGUAAUGCCUUGUAGCGUUUUGUUUUCUCAUUUUUUAUUGUGUUUUCUUUUCAUUUUUGUUCAUGUUUCGUUAUUAUUGUUCCAUUCAGACGACAGUUGUUCAAUAAUUUCGUUAUUUUUAGUGAAAUGUCGUUGUCGCACAAAAAAUAAUUGUACGCAAUAAAUUCGUAAGGUCAAUUGUCGUUAACGAUGAAGUUUUUCUUUUUUUCCGUCGAAAACUUGUUAAAUGGAUCGGUUAUUGAUAUACAUCGUGACCAUUUUACUUGUAUCUUGUAAUUAUCUAAUUAUUAUUGCUAUUCUUAUUAUGACAUAAAUUGAUGUAUCAUCACAAUUAAAAAAUAAAUCU